AUCACUUAUUUGCUUUGAUUUUGUUUUCAGUUAUUUGUGUUUGGCUAAUGCUUCCAAUGAUGCCAGCCUUUCUUCGUUCUCAUCAGCACCACUUUUUGACAACUGUAAUGGCCUCAGUCAGCCUUUUAGCACCAUAUUAUUUACCGGCAUAUAAAGUUAAACAAUAAUUUGCAUAAUUAGUUUCCAUGACGUAAUGUAACGCAAUGACAAGAUAAGUGAGUGAUUGUUUUCUGUGAUUAAAAAAGCCGUCAAGAUUUCGACGGGGAUCAACCGAAAAUUAUUUCUCGUCCUUUGUYCGUUAUCAAGGCUUUUCUUAGUGUUCUAUGUUCCGCGGCCCUCUCCCUGAGCUGGCGCCAUCACAGUCGAAAUCUUAUUUCAAGUUGAAAUCUCGAAUUUCCAAGUGGAAACCUCAGUCGUCGAAUCAAGAUAUUCGCUCCGAAUCAUCUUCAUUGGUUAGAUACCAACAACAAUCCAACACAUCAGCUUUAUUGGUCAGACGGUGACGUCCAAAAAAACUACAACUUCUGUUUUACAAACGUCGAUAUUCAACGCACAAAUAUUCGUCUAGAUUACUACGAUCACCAGUAAUUCAUCGUAACUUCGGGACAAUUUCGCAACAAUUAUAAUCUACGCUAGGACCCCACUUUACGACAACAAUCGUCUCAUUGUUUUCUUAAUCGUCAAAUAUCAAGCGGAUAAUUCCAUCGACAAUACAAGAAACAAUAAGAGUAUCAAUCACUCUUUAUUAGGAAGGUAAGAACGUUGAUUAAACCUUAUAACUACCAUAGACGCAGAGUUCUAUUUGAGCCACGCCACUAGACGCUAUCAGUUAUUAACUUGACAUCCAUGAACAAUCCUUCUAUUGACAUUAGUCACGAGAUCCAUUUCCGGCGUACGCUAUCAGUUAUUAUAGAUGACCGAAGAACGGCCAAAACGCACGCGUAAGAUGACCGAAAAAGGACAGAGCUACAGUUUAGAAAUAAAGGAAAAAGCAGCUAAUUCCGCCAUAAACAAGUUUAACAUCUUUUACAAUAAAUUUUACGAAACUCUUCGAUCAAGCAAGAAYACACAAAUCAUCAAAACGGAACUAGACUCUCUCAAAUCGUUAUGCAAUGAUACGACUACCCUUUUGAGCGAAUGUUUAGCCUUAACUAMAAACGAAGAAACGUUGCAUCACAUCGAAGAAGUUAAAGAUUCCUUAAUUGUAUCGUUCAACUCGGCUCAYAAUGCAACGAAAGAACGCUUACUAAUCAUAAAUGGAGAUAGUGUUUCACAGGCAUCGUCACGUACGCCGUCACGCGCUUCGUCMCGCGCGUCAUCUGCAAGAUCAUCUAUGCUAAAAGCCAAAGCGCGAAGAGCAGCCUUAGAAGAACAAAUAAAAUACAACGAUGAAAUUAAAGAACAAGAAAAGAAAUUAUCUAAACUAAAAUUGCUACAAGAAAUAAGCUCAUCACGAGCCGAAGAAGAAGUUUAUCGCCAAGAGGCCGAGUAYGAAGAGGACGAAGACGGAUACAGGCGUGAUGUCACAGCGCUCAACCAAUCACCASCACAAGUACUUUUCCCAGCCAGCGAAGCUCCGCGAGGAACGUUAGCUAUCGGAAUUGACGAAAAUGGUCAGAACUAUCAACGUGACGUCACGACUCACAAUCAUACYCCACCUCAAGYCCUCUUCCUAACCGACGAAAUUCCGCGAGGAAAGUCACCCAUUGAAAACAAACAAAACGGACAAACUUCUCAACACCAAGACACAGCUCUUCCACCACCGACAGUCCCCUCCACAUCUGAUGUAAUUCCUCGAGGAAACUCAACCCUUGGAACAAAUGGAAACGGACUACACGAUAAUUCACUACUGCCAACCCUCUCUCCGAAUGACGAAGUUCCGACAACAAAAUUAAACGUCGGACUCCAAAGAGAUAGACUGUCUCCACAAACAAGUAACUCCAGUCAAAGUACAGCGACACAAAGUCACAACAUCGCGACGAGUCAAGUAUCACAAACACGGCUAGAACUCCCAUCUACCUUCUCUCCUGUCCUGCCAAGUGCUCCAAGAGUCAGAGCCGCUUUCAAUUCGGCGCCGCUCCUCCCGCCCAUGCAUUACAAGGAUCACAGAACAGACUCCAGYAGCCAAGCCAUUCUCGAAUCAAUGGCCAAGAUUGCCCAACUUCAAAGACUACCGCAAGCAAAGCCCGAUGUUUUCAACGGCGACGAAAAAGACAAAACGAAAUUCUUCGCCUGGGAGUCAGCUUUCGAUGCGUUAGUUGACUCGGCGCCGAUUUCUCCCCAGCACAAACUGAAUCUCCUGUUUCAACACCUAGAUGGCCGAGCUAAGAAAGUUGUAGAACAGCUACAGUUCAUGUUGCAUCAACCAGAGAUAGCCUACAGAGAAGCCAAAAGUAUGCUAAGGAAUCGUUUCGGUAAUUCUGCAAUACUCUAUACCGACUUCGAAGCUAAACUCUGUAACUGGCCUAAGAUACAAAACAACGAUGCGCAAGCAAUGCAAGAAUUCAGCGACUUCUUGAACCAAGUGAACAUCGCUAGCCGAUAUAUAACUAACCUAAGGAUCUUCGAGUAUCCAUCCAAGAUACAAUCUCUAGUCGAGAAAAUGCCGAUCUGGUUCAAAACCACGUGGUCGUCUAAAGUGCAAACAUUGCAACAACAGCGAGGGCUAGAUGCCUUCCCUACGUUCGACAAUUUCGUCAGCGAAGUARCCUUCCAAGCUGGACGCAUGAAUAUACCACAGAUAGCUCACGCCGCUAACACAUCCGUAGGACAGCMAAAGGCUACCGCCAGCUUCGCUCCAAAGGCAGGUCACAUGACCUCAACUUACCAAAGAAAAAACCAAACGACCGUGUUGGCAACCAAGCUCACUACGGAUCAAGCCAGUGGACAUGAUGAGUACURCAAGCUACAUAACUCUAAAGCUCAUGACCUUACAUCUUGCAACAAGUUCCAAACGUAUAGUCAUCAACAAAAGAGAGACUUUCUUUAUAAGAACAAACUAUGCUUUAACUGCCUUCACUCUGAUCACAUCUCGAAAGACUGCAAGAAGCCAAAAGCCACCUGCGACAUGUGUCAAGAAAAACAUCUCACAAUUCUACACAAGCCUCAAGAGGACGGCGAAAGCAAGGUCGCUUGUACAAAGAUCUGUGGAUCACCAAAGAAAAGCYGAUCAUGUGCGAGGAUUGUCCUAGUUGAAGUAUCACAUGAAUCAGCGUCAUGCCCCAAAACCCUGACUUAUGCUGUGCUCGAUGAUCAGUCGACAGAUGUGUUUAUUACAACUCCACUACUUGAAAAGCUAGGAGUAACGGGUGAAGACGUAAACGUGCGAGCGAAGACUAUCAUAGGAACAGACACGAUCCGUGCUAAGAAGUUGAUGGGUCUCAAAAUUCAAGACAUAAAUCACAARUUUACUCCUAUCCGGAUCCCAUACGCAUACGCAGGAGACGAGAUUCCGGCAAGUCAUCAGGACAUUGCUACAUCUGCCAUCGCCAAAGAAUGGAAUCAUCUAAAGCCAAUCUGCGAUAAGAUAAAAUACUACCCAGAUGUCGAGAUCGGUAUGCUCAUUGGACGCAAUGUACCAACUGCCUUGCAACCGCUUAGUAUCAUUUAUGGAGGUACAGAUGAACCGUGGGCCGAAGAAUACAAAUUCGGCUGGACUAUCAUCGGAAAUGUCUGCUCUACACAGACUACGGAGAGUAAAGGAUCUACACAACCUUCAUCAGUGCAAAGACUCUCCACCGAAGAACAGGAACAGCUCCCGACGAUCGUGAAUGCAUGUAGAGUCAAAGACAUAACCAGCCCUCUACAGCUACGAGAGAUGAUGGAGCUCGAUUAUAAUGAGUUACACUACAGCCGUCAAAUAAAGGGUACAGAUAAGGUCGAGUCGAUGGAUGAUCAGCGCUUCCGCGAGACCUUARAUAAAGAAUUGCAUGAGAACUCAAACGGGAAUUGGGAAGCUCCUCUCCCCUUCAAGACGGAUGAUACUACUCUACCUAACAACAAGCAGCAAUGUCUACACAGACUCCUAUCUUUGAAAAGGAAAUUAGUCAAAGACAGUAAAUUAAGGAAUGCUUACUUCGAAUUCAUGGACAAGAUCCUCAUCCGCAACCACGCAAGUCGCAUCCCUGCUGAUCAGUUAGAUACACAAUCUGGCAAAGUUUGGUAUCUACCUCACUUCGAUGUCCACCACCCUAAGAAGCCAGACCAACUACGCGUCGUGUUCGACUGCAGCGCUGUGUUCAACAACCAAUCUUUAAAUAAGAACCUUCUACAAGGACCCGAUCUCAUGAAUGCCCUAGUUGGGGUACUCCUCCGGUUCAGGAAAGAAGAAUUCGCCUUUACCUGCGACGUCGAACAGAUGUUCCACAGUUUCUUUGUCAGCCCUCAGCACAGAGACUUUCUGCGGUUCCUCUGGUUUGAGGAGAAUGACCUUGACGGUCGAAUCGUAGAAUUUCGUAUGAAUGUCCACCUAUUUGRAGCUAUAUCAUCUCCAGGUGUGGCUAAUUACUGUCUUCAACAAACUGCACAAGCAGGCCGAGAGGAUUUUGGUGACAAAGCUGCAGAUUUCAUCAUGAAUGACUUCUACGUGGACGACGGGCUCAAGUCUGUGCCAUCCGAAGAGGAAGCGAUCAAAUUGAUCAAAGAAAGUCAAGCCAUGUGCGCAGCUAAGAACCUCCGACUACACAAGUUUGCCAGCAACAGCAAGACAGUACUCGAAGCAAUCCCAGCUGAAGAAAGAGCGAAAGAUCUCAAAGACCUCGACCUUAGAUAUGACAAACUACCAAUCCAAAGAUCCCUAGGAACCUAUUGGUGUAUUGAAUCAGACACACUUGGCUUUAGAAUAGAGCUAAAAGACAAACCCUUGACACGUAGAGGGAUCCUCUCAACUACGAGCUCCGUGUACGAUCCACUGGGGAUUGUAGCACCCGUCAUUCUUGUCGGUAAACAGAUUCUUCAAAGUCUCUGCCGACAGAAUGUGUCUUGGGACGACCCAGUUCCCGAGAGCAUCGCGAUACAAUGGGAAAGAUGGCGCUCAGAACUCCCACUUUUAGAGAAAGCAAAGGUGAGCCGAUGCGUAAAGCCCCCAGGUUUUGGCGUUCCCGUCAAAACAGAAGUCCACAGCUUCUCAGAUGCAAGUGAGAAUGGUUUGGGACACGUGUCGUAUCUACGGCUAGUCAACGAGCAAAAACAAGUACAUGUCGCCUUCCUUAUGGCAAAGUCGCGUGUAGCACCCCUUAAGGCCAUAUCGAUCCCACGAAUGGAGCUCACAGCAGCAGUAAUAUCUGUCAAUGUUGCUAGCAUGCUCAAGAACGAGCUCCACUAUGAUAACGUGAACUGCGUGUUCCACACCGACUCGGAAAUAGUGCUGGGCUACAUCCACAACAACUCUCGACGCUUCCACGUCUACGUGGGAAAUAGAGUGCAGCAAAUAAGAGAUCGCAGUGAGCCAAACCAGUGGCACCACGUAAAGGGCAAAGAUAAUCCUGCUGAUGAAGCCUCCAGGUCUAUGUCAGCAAAGGAACUUCUAGUCAACGAACGUUGGCUAAAAGGCCCGAACAUGCUUUGGGAAGCAGAAGUACCGCUAACAAGUGAAAUACCUACUACGGAUCCAGCAGAAGAUGACAUUGAAGUUCGAUCAGACCCAAUGGUGGCUGCAACACUGCUCACAAGCGGGGAAGAAGUGAAGGAUUUCCCACCCAUUGUGAAAUACCUCGAUCGCUUCUCCUCUUGGAACAAGGCAAAGUCGUGGGUGGCUACCAUAAGACGCGGCAUACGAAGUCUAAAGCACCGAAUCACUACAAAGCAAUCUACAGAAAGCCGUCCUGACACAGUCUCAGAUCAUCAACAAGCCGAAAAGUUAAUAAUACGAAACCUACAAAAGGAGCACUUCAGCCAAGAGCUAAAGAUUCUCGAGAAGUUACAGGGAAACACGGACUGUUUUCAGAACCGCAACGAUGCACGAACUCGCAAUGUGCAGAUGAGGUCGAAAAGCACACUAUUUCGACUUGAUCCCUUUAUUGAUGACGAAGGCCUAAUUCGAGUCGGCGGACGUAUCGCAGCGAGUGACGAAUCAUUUGAGAUYAAGCAUCCCUUAAUCCUUCCUCAGAAAUGUCACAUUACACGAAUCAUCAUUGAUCAUUAUCAUCAAGUGACCCACCACCAAGGAAGAUGUACCACACUCAACGCCCUUCGACAGUCAGGCUUUUGGAUCACUAAUGGACGAUCUGCUGUAUCUUCUCACAUCAGYACCUGUGUUACGUGCCGCAAAGAAAGAAGCAAAUUUCAAACUCAGAAGAUGUCUGACUUACCACAAGAACGUACCACACCAGCCCCGCCGUUCACAUACACCGGCAUGGAUGUUUUYGGUCCKUUUCUAAUCAAAGAAGGCCGGAAGACUCUAAAGAGAUACGGACUGAUCUUCACCUGUCUUUCUUCACGKGCCGUACACCUAGAAACCUUGAAUUCAAUGGAAUCUGAUUCCUUCAUCAACGCACUCCGAAGGUUCCUCAAUCGCAGAGGAAAGGUGAGGGCCUUACGYUCAGACCAAGGUACUAAUUUCGUUGGCGCCAAGAACGAAUUCAAGUCCGAAGUGAACGCAGACAAGAUCAARCAAUUCCUUCUCAGGAAUAAUUGCGAACUCAUUGAAUUCAAAUUCAACGUGCCAUAUGCCUCUCAUAUGGGAGGUAUAUGGGAGCGGAUGAUACGAUCUGUUCGCUCAAUACUGUCAUCCCUGCUCAAUCAACUGGGAAGCCACCUAGACGAUGAAACAUUCAGAACCUUCAUGACCGAAGCCGAAARCAUGAUCAACAGCCGUCCUCUAACGGUCCCUGACAUGUCCGACCCGAAUGCAGCAGAGCCUCUAACUCCCAACCAUUUGCUGAUCGGCAAAMCAGCRGUAGUACUUCCYCCUCCAGGAAGAUUUGAUAGCCCGGAUGUAUAUUCAAGAAAACGGUGGCGACGCACACAAUAUCUGGCGGARCAGUUUUGGUCUAGAUGGAGGAAAGAGUACCUCAACCUACUCAUCAGCAGGCGUAAGUGGGUUCUUCCAAAAAGAAACAGYCAAGUAGGAGAUGUCGUGCUUCUAAAAAACGACAGCCCAAGAAACAAGUGGCCCUUAGCCAGAGUCACCAAGGUCUACCCUGGCAAGGAUGGUCUAGURCGCAAGGUACAACUACGAACAUCGCAAGAUGGUCAACCUAAAUGCUUUGAAAGACCGAUCCACAAGCUAGUUCUGGUUCUGGCCAAAGAAGAAUUUGAAUGAUUGAAGGACACGCCUGUCCUAGUCAGCACGAACCUUUAAUGAUACAGUUUAUAAUGGACAAUAUAUUUCUUGAUGUUUAGGUUUCUAUGACUAUUUUUAUAGACAUUUGAUUAUUUAGCAAAUAUUYUAAGAUGCAAGAUGGAAGAUUUGUUAGAUAUACCUUUGACAUUUAUGAAUUUUAGAUAAAGACUUCCUUAUCGGAUGAUUAUUGUAAUACAGUAUCUAUACAUUCUCUUCCAUAAGAUUUAACAUAAUUAUAUACAUCGAUUUUUCUUUUAAAUGACAAGCAUUUAGGGAAGCAGUGUAAUGGCCUCAGUCAGCCUUUUAGCACCAUAUUAUUUACCGGCAUAUAAAGUUAAACAAUAAUUUGCAUAAUUAGUUUCCAUGACGUAAUGUAACGCAAUGACAAGAUAAGUGAGUGAUUGUUUUCUGUGAUUAAAAAAGCCGUCAAGAUUUCGACGGGGAUCAACCGAAAA